AGAAGAAGAUGGGCGUAACCGCGUGAUCACUUAACUUGCUUGCAGUGUUGAUCUCAGUUGGGCGUCUCUCGCUUCAUCGAGUGCGCGUCGCCGUUUGUUAAUGUUUGUUGUUGUUGCCGUGGGGACGAUGUGAAUCACAAUUGCGCGAUAUUGGAGUGCGUGUCGCGGUGGUAUUUGAAUGAUGGCAUCUGUCCUUCUGGAAAACGUUACCAAUUGUGUGUGGCAAGCAUUCGCCGCACUCCAACUGGACAGGACUAAGGGCUAUGUCUAUAAGUCCAGACUGAAGGUUUUAACUGCAAAUAUUGGAACUUUUCUUGAUUUGUAUGGCAUUGAAAAAUGUUUGGAACACUAUAAAGCGACGGAUACAUUGACGUUUGACUACUACAAAACGUAUUUACAAAAAGAGGUAUUCGCAUCGCUUCCAGAUAAACUGCCACUAGGCGAACUGAGGAAUUAUGAAGCUAAUAUUGCAGAAGUUUGUUGGCUCGUCUGUCGUAAAGGACUACUGCAGAGGGAAAAUAGGCGAUUCGACGAGGAUGCUAUAUUCAAAUUGUUUCGUGUGUUUUGCUUUCUUGCCGAGUUGGUGCCCGAUGAUGACGAGAGAAAGAGUUACCAAGUAGUAUUGCAUCCGUCGGAAGCAUCACAUGUCGCUCAACAGUUGUCGCAAUCUUUAGGUUGCGAUUGGGAUGAGGAGGACUUUACGAGCCUUAGUGUGUCCAUUGGUUCAUACCGACUCGCACCGUUCAUAGCAAUCCUUGAGACGAGAUGCCUGGAGAACGUAAAGGAUUCGGAUGCGAUAUCAGAGGCAGUGAACGAUCUGCAUCAAACGUUCGUUGACGAUGUAAUCAAAAAGGGUAUGCUGAGCAAGAAAGGCUACAUCUUCCCGACGAUGCGCGAAUACUGGUUCAUUUUACGACCUGGCGAGUUGAGCUAUUACAAAACGCGAUCGGAGAGAAUUAAAGCCGGAAGCAUCAGCAUCGAGACCGGAAAUAGAAUCGAAACUAAACCGGACAACAAAGUCGUAUUGCACACAAGCGAGAGGAAUUUUGAAUUAGGUACCGCUGAUCAUAUGACGAGGUUGCAAUGGAUUUCAGCGCUUCAGACCGCCAUCGAGCAUUCCGGUGGAAACCAGAGUUACCAAAGGCUGCAGGCUGCAAAACGCAGACUGCAACGUCAAGGUAGGUUGCAAGAAAUGCUGAGAGCCAAAGCCCAACUGCAGAAGGAGAGAAGCGCUAGGCAAGCCGCCGAGGGUCAAGCAAAAGAGCUCGAGGCCACGGUCAAGGAAGAGUCAAAGCGGCUUUGUGAACUAGAGCAGAUCAAGGAGAAUCUUCAAAGACUUCUGGAGGAGGAAACUCAAGCUAAGAGAGAUGAAGAGAUAGUUCGCGCAUUACAGGCGCGCGUAUUAGCUGAAGAAUGGGAGAAGCGCGAGGAACUUGAAAAUCUUCAAAAGGAGCAAAUUGCGUUGCUUGACCAAGAGCGUGGUAAACGUAGAGAGUUCGAGGAGCUGCAGAGCCAGAAAGAGCAACAACUGAAAGAAGCGGAAAACAAAUUGAAGGAACUUGACAUUGAGCGGAAGAUCCUAGACGAUGAACUUAAACAAGCCAUAAACAAAAUCAAACGGUCCGAAGGGGCAAAAGAGGUGUUGGAGGCACGUUUGAUGCAGGUUACACCUAUGAGGGAUGGAGACAGAAUACGAAGAGCGCACUCUUUCAUACCAAGUACGCGGGAAAGACCCAUCUUGUUGGAGGUGCGGACUGCUUCACUUAAAAGACCCAACAAACAACAUCAAUAAUAAUAUUCAUAACGUUUAUAUUAUCUUCAUUUAAUAUGAAUUUUACCAC